AUGGAAGAUCGACCAGUUCAUCUCAAUGUCGGAGGUAAAAUAAUAACAGUUUCAUUAUUGGAUUUAACCAACACGGAGAGGGAACCAAAUAAUUUAUUUAUUAGAAUGUUUAGAGGAGAACUACCAUUGUAUGAAACAGCCUCUCCUCUCUUCUCUGAUAAAGUCUAUUUUAUAAAUUGUGAUCAUAAACCAUUCCGACAUGUUUUGAAAUGGUUAAGGUAUGGAAGAAUAGAUCAACAAAUGGUGGAAUUAAAGGCUGAUUUGUUGGAUAUAUGUAAACAAUAUAGAUUGGAAAAGUUGGAAAAAUCAAUUUCUCAAAUUAAUGUAAAUGAUUGCAUCUAUGAUCUUUCAUUCGGUCUGGGUGUUAGUAGUACAAUUAUACAAUUUAAGGAAGUUAUGGAUUUGUUUAAGAGAGCACUAGGAUGUGAAACUCCUCCAAAAUUACUUUAUAGAGCUUCAAAUGAUGGAUUUACGGCUCAAUCAUUUCAUCAAAAGUGUGAUCAUCAAGGUAAAACUGUGACCAUAGUAAGGUCAGAGUAUGGAAAUAUUUUCGGUGGUUUCACUUCUCAGGAUUGGGAAUCACCAAAGCAAGCUAAAUUCAAAGCUGAUCCAGCAGCUUUUGUAUUCAAAUUCGAGAGUGAUAGUGCUGGAAAUUCAAGACUUGAAGUAUUCCACAUUAGACAAGGAGAUCAGAAGGCAAUUUAUUGUGAUGCUUAUGAUCUUGCUAUAUUUGGAGGAGGAUGUGAUUUUUACAUUUCCGAUAGUUGUAAUAUCAAUUCGGCUUCAUAUUCAGAGUUUGGAGAUAGUUACGAGUUGCCUCUGGGCUAUUCAUUCGGUUCUGAACAAACUCAUGUCUUUUUGGGAGGUAAAUUCGAUUUUAGAGUUUCUGAAAUUGAGGUUUUCAAAAUUGAUUAA